CUGGACGCGGGUGGGCCGUGUGGUUUCCCCAUCUUCUCGCUUGCCGCUCUCAGCUUGGUCUUUCGCGCCCUCGGACGGUACCAUUCAAAGAUGAGCAACACCCCGGUCGCAUCCCCCGUGCCGACGCCGUCGGUGCCCCACGGCGUGGGCCACGUCCCGUCGCACUCCGUCGCGCCGUCGCGAUCCGCGACGACCGCGCCCGGAGCGAACAGCAGCGCCGCCAUCGGAUCCUACGGCGUCAAAUCGGGCCUGGCGCAGAUGCUGAAAGGCGGUGUGAUCAUGGACGUGACGACUCCGGAGCAGGCGCGCAUAGCAGAAGAAGCGGGCGCGUGUGCCGUCAUGGCGCUCGAGCGCGUCCCGGCGGACAUCCGCGCUGAAGGUGGCGUCGCGCGUAUGAGCGACCCGGCUAUGAUCAAGAAGAUCGUCGAGGCGGUGACGAUCCCCGUCAUGGCUAAGGUCCGGAUCGGGCACAUCGUCGAGGCACAGAUCUUGCAAGCCAUCGGCGUAGACUACAUCGACGAGUCGGAGGUGCUCACGCCCGCGGAUGACCAGCACCACAUCAACAAGCAGGCGUUCAAGGUGCCGUUCGUGUGUGGUUGCCGCAACCUGGGCGAGGCGCUGCGCCGCAUCUCGGAGGGCGCCACCAUGAUCCGCACCAAGGGCGAGGCCGGCACGGGCAACGUCGUCGAGGCCGUGCGCCACCAGCGCGCGGUCAGCGCCGACAUCCGUCGCGCGGCGAGCAUGAACGAAGAAGAGCUGUACGCGUUCGCGAAGGACCUCCAGGCGCCGUUCCACCUCCUCAAGGAGACCGCCCGGCUGAAGCGCCUCCCCGUCGUCAACUUCGCGGCGGGCGGUAUCGCGACCCCAGCCGACGCUGCUCUCAUGAUGCAACUGGGAUGUGAUGGAGUGUUCGUGGGCUCUGGCAUAUUCCACUCCGGAGAUCCCGCGAAGCGCGCCCGCGCGAUCGUCCAAGCCGUGACGCACUACAAUAACCCGAAGCUGCUCGCGGAGGUUUCGGAGGAUCUGGGUCCCGCAAUGGUCGGUCUGACGAUUUCCGACGAUAUCAAGGGCGGAAAGAUGGCUGGCCGCGGCUGGUAAAAGCAGUUCGGCUCGUGCGUUUCGAGCGUUUCGAGCGUCGCCGCGUUACUUCAUGCUCCGUAUACGGCUCGAGGGCGCUAUACCGGUGCAUGAUUCGUUCCGACCGGCGGGCAUCGUUCAUUCAUCGCGAGGCUGGUCUGCAGAUACAUAGACAGAAGCAAAAUCAUAAAUGUUGUAUUUUUGGCGGGAAUUUCGGCGAGACGGUGACGUCAUUACUCGGUACACCCGCGCUUGAGCUUGGACGAACGCUACCAUUACCCUCCGUUAUUCACCCCUUGCACGCGACCAACUCUAUCUAUCAUGGCGGCUCUUUUCCAGAAGACCACAUCCAGUGCGAAAGCGAGAGGUCGCACCGCAGACGACGACCUGACCGAUUUCAUAUCUGUAACUUGCCCGCACUUCCGCCCCGAAUUGAGAACUCAGGAGCUGAGAAAACUUCCCAUUCAGCGCGACCCGAACGCGAAAUACACAUUCGACAGCGAGCGCGGUGCUCCCGAGUCCGAGAUAUGCCGCAACGUCGAUGGGAAGGACGAUUGCAUAAAGGUGAGCACUCCACUCCCAUGACCCGGCGACCAUCGCGCGCAUAGCUUGACCGGUAACCCUGACCAACCGUCACUGCCGUGUUAGAUCCGAAUGUACUCCACGCAACUCUUCGAAGCCAUGCAGGUCCGUACUAUAUCAGCUGCCAUGGCUUCCUCGUUCCCGUAUGCUCAUACGCUGCUGCGCUUCUAGGCGAGAGGUUUCUACUGUGCGCUUCCCAUGGAU